AUGGCAACUUCAGGUGAUUAUAUGUUUUAUGAAGAGGAUGAUGAUGAUUUACUUGAAUUGGAAAGUAUUUUUAACAACAUCUAUGAUUCUUCACUAACAUCUAAGGAAGAUAAUACAAUCGAGGAAGAAAAUUGUGAAGAACAUUCAAAAUUUUUACCAAUUUAUGAAGAUCCAUCAAAAGAUGAUAAUGAAAUAGCAAUAAAACUACUCAUGAAUCGGUUAAGAGAUGGUCUUAAUUUAGAAAUGGAAUACUUAGAACGAAAAGAAAUUUUAAAUACGAAUUUAAAAAGUCCAAUUACGAUUUCAUCUUCAAUUCAUAACAAUAGUAAUGAAAAAAUCAAAAUAAAUUCUUCUGAUUUUUUAAUUUCUUCUUCUGAGAUUUCUUCAAUAAAACCUACAACAUGCUGUGCGACUUCAGUUGAUGGUGAAAGAGUUAUUGAAACAGAAUUAAAUCAAGAAUUAAAAAAUUUAUAUAACAACAAUGAUUCAAAUUUAUUAAAUCAUAGUAUGCUGUUUGAAAAUAAUGAUGGUGACAAUAAUUUUAAAGAGAAGAAAUAUUUAAGAGAAUCACAAGAAUCUCCAGAUUUAUUUGUUGAAUAUGAUAAUAAUGAAUUGAAUCAAAUCAAUGGCAACAAGUGCGGUGUAAAUGAUGAAGAUGAUGAUUUCUUCUGCUUAAAUAAUUUUGUUACCAGCAUGAUAACUGAUGAUGACGACGAUGAUAAAAAUAAUGAUAAUAAGUCAACAGAUACUUAUGUUGAACAUAAUGAAUUUAUGUUAUAUAAUUUAAUUGAAAAUGAUGUUAAUAAUGUUGCUGUUCAAGAUGACAAUAAUAUUACUGAUGAUAAAGAUGAUGAUGGCAAUGAUUACAAUUAUUUUGAUGAUCUUUAUUGUUUACAAAAACGUAAAAAAUAUUUAAUUGAAUGUAUUGAAGAGCUAAUGAAAUCAUUGGUGAAAAAUUUUAAAGAAACUGGUGAUGUCUCCUUGUCAAUUGAUAAUACCUCAAAAUGGGAUAAUAUUGAGUUUUCGGAACAAAUGUUAGCAAUACGAAAUGAAUCCGUAUCCCGAAAUAUAUCAAUUAAUAAUGAGAAAACAAAAUUUCGUUUUACAUUAAUUAAUUAUUUAUUAAACGAGAUAUUAAAAAGAUUAUUGGCUGGUAUAACUUGUACAUUAAGAGAACUAUAUUAUCAAGAUCCAGAAUUAUGUCAAGAUCCAAUACAUCUUACUAAAGCUCUACAUGAUAUUUGUUGUCUAUUACAAUGUACACCAUGGGAACUUGGUAUUCAUUCAUCAUCGAAAGGAUUAGUUUGUGGUUCAUUAUUAAUAUCAAUUUUGGAUAAUAUAAUAAUUGAUUGUUCAAUAUUUCAAAUGAGUGGAUUUCUUUUACCAAAAGCAACUGAAACAAUUGAUAUAAUUGAUUGUAAUGCUGAAUUUAUUUUAUUAGUUGAAAAGGAUACAAUUUUUGAUAAAUUAAUACAACAAAAAAUUUUUAAUAAAAUUAAUAAAGAAUUUAUAUUAAUAACUGGUAAAGGUUAUCCCGAUAUUAAUACUAGAUUAUUAUUAAGAAAAAUUUUAAAUAAAUACAAUAUACCGGUUUAUGCAUUAAUGGAUGCUGAUCCAUAUGGUAUUGAAAUUAUGUUAACAUAUAGUUAUGGAUCUAAGGAAUUAUCAUUUAUGUCACAUUGUUUAGCAUGUCCAGAAAUACAGUGGAUUGGUGUUUUACCAUCAGAAAUUGAAUUACUUGGUAUACCAUCAAUACAAUUAACAAAUGAAGAUAAAAUUCGUAUUAAUGAUUUAUUAAAACGUCCAUAUCUUAUUUUGGGAAAGGUUUUGCUUGAUUGUGGGAAAUUAGAAGAAGCGUGGGAAAGUUAUGAUGAAACUUUUAAUCGCGGAUCUCAUAUACUUUAG